AUGUCUUUACACGAAGAAAAAGAAGGUGUCUUGAGUGAUGCGCUCUCCUCAGCGCCAGUUCCAGAGUCUGAUGGAUCAGAAGUCGAGAAUCAACCACCCAAAGAACCCGCAACGCCACCUCCACCUCCGAAUGGAGGUCUUACUGCCUGGCUCCAAGUAGCAGGAGCAUUCUUCUUGUUCUUCAAUUGCUGGGGAGUGGUGAACACCUUUGGCGUCUACCAAAGCUACUAUGAAGACACCCUACUCCCUGACUACUCUGCAUCUUCAAUUUCAUGGAUCGGCACAGUCCAGGGCUUCCUACUCUUGAUGGCAGGGGCAGUAGUUGGACCUAUCUAUGACAAGGGCUACCUCACAUCCCUGCUUGCGGCGGGCACAUUCCUAGUCGUGUUCGGACUGAUGAUGACUUCACUCGCAACGAAGUACUAUCAGAUAUUUCUGGCACAUGGGCUUGUCGUGGGUCUUGGCUGCUCAUGCUUGUUUCUGCCGAGUAUUGCUAUUGUAGCGACUUAUUUCACGUCACGACGGGCACUAGCGACUGGUAUCACCGCGUCGGGAGGUAGUAUCGGAUCUGUAAUUUAUCCCAUCAUGUUUCACAAGUUAAUCGGACCGGUGGGCUUUGGCUGGACAACCCGAAUUAUCGCUUUCGUCGCCCUAGGCGGACUCAUCUUCUCCAUCGCCGUGAUGAAACCGCGUCUCCCACCACCCAAGCAAUCUCGAUCUCUACUCGACGUGUCCGCAUUCAAAGAGGCACCUUUCCUUAUCCUGUGUUUAGCCUUUUUCUUUUCCUUCAUUGGCUUAUACUUCCCAUUCUUCUACCUACCAACCUACUUCACCUCCUUCCUCCACACUGACGGUAGCAUCGCAUUCUACAUAAUCGCCAUUCUAAACGCAGCCUCUGUCUUCGGCCGCAUCGCACCCGGAAUCCUGGCGGAUCACAUUGGAUCCUUGAACACUAUUAUCCCGAUAAGCUUUAUCGCAGCCGUCCUAGCCUUUGCAUGGAUUGGAAUUCGAAAUGAGGCGGGUACUAUCGUGUUCGCCAUUCUGUAUGGGUUUGCUUCCGGGGCGAUCGUGUCGCUGCCGGCGACUAUUCUUGCCCGACUCACGUCUAAUAUGAGCAUCUUGGGUACACGGAUGGGGAUGUCCUUUACCUUUGCCGGGUUGGGGUUGUUGAUUGGCAAUCCUAUUGCAGGUGCAUUAAGGGGGGUGUUCUGGAAGGGACAGCUGUUUAGUGCUGUGAUGGUUGCGGUUGGGACUGUGUCGUUUUGUUUGUUGCGGAUUUUGAAGUGGAAGCAGGGCGAAGGGUGGAAGAUAUGA